GUAAUUUUUUUUCUCAUUAUCAUCUCGCGAGAUUUGGUAACGCUGUCCACUUCCUGUCACCAGCCUUUCGCAGCCAUGAUGCAGGAAGGGCUGGACGACGGACCUGAUUUCCUCUCCGAGGAGGACAGGGGACCCCGAGCAAUGAACGUUGAUCUGGAGAUGGAUGCUACUCUACAAGUGGACAUCUCUGAUGCUCUUAGCGAGAGGGACAAGGUGAAGUUUACUGUCCACACCAAGAGCACUCUCCCAAACUUCAAACAGAACGAGUUCUCUGUGGUCCGACAGCAUGAAGAGUUCAUCUGGCUGCAUGACUCGUUUAUCGAAAAUGAAGACUACGCAGGAUACAUUAUCCCUCCAGCUCCUCCCAGGCCAGAUUUUGAUGCAUCCAGAGAGAAGCUGCAGAAGCUCGGGGAGGGCGAGGGAUCCAUGACGAAGGAGGAGUUCACUAAAAUGAAGCAGGAGCUGGAGGCAGAGUACCUGGCCAUCUUCAAGAAAACUGUUGCCAUGCACGAGGUCUUCCUGUGUCGCGUGGCGGCUCAUCCUGUUCUCAGGAAGGACCUCAACUUCCACGUCUUUUUGGAAUACAACCAGGAUCUGAGCGUACGAGGGAAGAACAAGAAGGAGAAGCUGGAGGAUUUCUUUAAGAACGUGGUGAAGUCAGCCGAUGGGGUUCUAGUGGCUGGAGUCAAGGAUGUAGACGACUUCUUUGAGCACGAGAAGACGUUUCUGUUAGAAUAUCACAACAGAGUCAAAGAUGCGUCGGCCAAAUGUGACAGAAUGAUUCGUUCUCACAAAAAUGCUGCUGACGACAUGAACAGAAUCGCCUCCUCCCUCUACACACUAGGAACACAAGACUCCAUGGACCUCUGCAAGUUCUUCCUGAAGGUCUCGGAGCUGUUUGACAAAACGAGGAAAGUUGAAGCUCGGGUUGCAGCUGAUGAAGACCUGAAACUGGCUGACCUGCUUAAAUAUUACCUGAGAGAGUCUCAGGCUGCAAAGGACCUUCUGUACCGGAGAAGCCGGGCUCUGGUGGACUAUGAGAACGCUAACAAAGGUCUGGAUAAAGCUCGAGCUAAAAACCGAGACGUUCUGCAGGCUGAGACCAGCCAACAGCUCUGCUGCCACAAGUUUGAGAAGAUCUCAGAGUCUGCCAAGCAGGAGCUCAUAGACUUCAAGACCAGAAGAGUGGCAGCAUUCAGGAAGAACCUGGUGGAGCUGGCAGAACUGGAACUUAAACACGCUAAGGGAAACCUCCAGCUGCUGCAGAGCUGCGUGGGGGUCCUAAACAGUAACACCUAACCACGGGACGCUCAGCUAGCUGGACAGGCCAGCUGUGAGGACGGAACCAGUACCAAUGGACAAACAACACUGAGAACCGGGCCAGGGAGACAGAGACAUGAGACGGCACAGUCUGUUGUCUUCACCUCUAAACAGUUUCACGCUUCCUCCCACUCUUCUUCUCUCCGUCAGAGCCCCCGUACUGGUCCUGCUGGUUCAGCAUCAGAUGUGCAAUACGUGUACCGGUCCUCCUGACCCAAAGUCACAGUUGCAACUCUUGCUGUUCAUGUUCUUUCCUUUUGAUCCAGCAGAACCACUUGGGUCCACUUGGAGCUUGUCCAGCAGUUCAAUCUGGACACGCCUGGUCCAGGAACCGAACCACCAUGAGCCCAAGUGGUCUCUGCUGGUCUCCCCAACCCAGACCCGACCCAAGCGUCUCCAGAGUUGGAUGCCAAUGAGUCAGUUUCCAGUUUUUGUAGAAAGUAAAGAAUAAAAUCUGUUUGGUCAGCGAUGCAACAAAAGCAGUCACACCUGAGUCAACUUCCUGUUUGAUCUCAGAGUUCAGAAAUGUAAAGUAAAAUCUCCACCGUCCAUUUUUUUUAUUUUUAAGACAGAGGCAGAACAUCUGUGACUUGUAGGAAGAGAAACGUUCACUAAUCUGUUUAAUUUUCAGAAAUCACAUUUUAGCAAGAGUCCAAACACCCACCCACCCCCCAGCUCUGGUGUCGUGUGGCAGAUCGUUCUGGGUUCCCGUUCUCGUUAAGAUGUGGUUUCAGAACCAUCACCUGAAGAGUCUGCGUCCUUGUUGGGAUUAACUAAUGAAUGCUAAUCAGAACUUUGUUUUUGUCUCAGCCUUAACGUCGGUCAUUUAACUGUUUUGUUAUCUUUACAAUAAAUCUGUUUCCUUUUUUUUCUUUA